UCACUUAAUCAAGAUUAUUUGAUACAUAUCAAAUAGUCCACAAUUAAUUAAGAUUGGCUAAUACAGUUCGUACCGUUUACGAAAUAAACCUGGUUCGAACUAUCUUGCCUCUUACAAUUCCGCCUAACGGGGAACGAGUUAACUUUUCAUUCUGCUCAAACCUUAGAUUCAACACAUUGUGAAAAAUGAUUUUCUUAAUGACAAUCCAUUGCCAUCGAGCUAAUUUAUUAACAUCGUGCAAUCGUAUACGCAGCCAAACAAUCCUUUACCAGUACAGCAACAGGAUGAAGCCAAAGAAAAAAGAAAAAAAGGGACAGAUAGAAGCAAUACCGAUCGAUUGUUUUUUUUUUUAUUAUUUGUUUUGUCCAUGGUGAAGAUAACGAACUGUGACCUAUCUAAUUCCUAUAAGCAAUACAAUAAAACAUCGCUUCCAACAAUGGAAUCGUCACCACUGUCGGUGAUGGGUUGAUCAACUUUGGCCUGAGUUAGGCGUUUUCUCGGCCACUUAGCGGGGAGCCUCAGCGAUUUUUAUCGUGCCACCUGUGACUCGGACCCGCGGUUUAAUUUGACGACCUGUUACAACUGCGAUGGAUGCUGUGGACCUUUCUAUCCUGGAUCCCCACGGGACUUGCGUCCGAGACUAGGAGGACAAGGCAGUGAAGCACGGCAACGUUAUAGUCACACACCUCCCCCCCUUUAAAUGCAGGAGGUAUCCAUUCAGCCUGUGAUGGAGGUUUAAUCCCGGGGGAACACUACUCGCCUUUCUCAAGGUCAACCUGAAUAGAAUCAUCACCACUGUCGGCGAUGGGUUUUCAAAUUUUGGCUUGUGUUCGGACGCUUUGCGGGGAGCGAUUUUUAUCCUGCCACCACACACAGACCUUUCUAACCGGGAUCUCCACGGGACUGGAGCUCGAGACAAGGACGGCAUACCAGUCAGGCAGUGAAGCACGACAACGCUGGUCCUCCCCCUCCCCUGAAGGCAGGAGGUACCUAUUCAGCCGGCGAUAGUCGUCUAAUCCCUGACGAAGGCUACCAUCCCUUCUAAAGGUCAACAUGAUUGAAUGAUUGACUGACUCUGCGUAGACCUUACGUGAACACAGAGCCGAUGUAAAACUGACCGAGAGCAAAACAGAAAGUCAAAGCGAACCUAGCUGAUGUAAACCUGACCGAGAGCAAAACAGAAAGUCAAAGCGAACCUAGCUGAUGUAAAACUGACCGAGAGCAAAACAGAAAGUCAAAGCGAACCUAGCUGAUGUAAAACUGACUGAGAGCAAAACAGAAAGUCAAAGCGAACCUAGCUGAUGUAAAACUGACCGAGAGCAAAACAGAAAGUUAAAGCGAACCUAGCUGAUGUAAACCUGACCGAGAGCAAAACAGAAAGUCAAAGCGAACCUAGCUGAUGUAAACCUGACCGAGAGCAAAACAGAAAGUCAAAGCGAACCUAGCUGAUGUAAAACUGACCGAGAGCAAAACAGAAAGUCAAAGCGAACCUAGCUGAUGUAAAACUGACUGAGAGCAAAACAGAAAGUUAAAGCGAACCUAGCUGACCACACGGUACGUUCUCUGUUUCUUACACAGGAGACAGGGCUUAUCGACGUUCGUCGGUAUGGGAAAUGUACUUUUGCUGGAACACAACAUAGAAGGGAGGAAGGAGAGGGCUCCACUGGGCGCUGCAAGCUAUCUCUUCAAUCUGAUAGGAAUCAUUGGGAACAUUCUAGUUCUACACGUGUUCGGUACACGUAUUAAUGCAUCAUCUAAUUACAGAGUCUUCGUGAUAUUUCUAUCAAUUGUCGACUUGUUUACCUGUAUUGCACAUGUUGCUAAAGAGAUGAGCAGAAUGAUAUUUGUCUACAAUCAGGGAAAUCUCAUGUAUAUAUGUCAAAUAUCCCACUAUAUAGGGAAUUCUGUCGGAUACGCCUCUGUUUUGAUUAUUAGCGUCAUUGCAUUUGAGAGAUACAAGAAAAUAUGCACACCUUUUAAGCCACAGAUCACUGUUACCCACUCAAAGAUUAUCUGCGUAAGCACAGUCUUACUAAGUUUUCUUGUAGAUGUUCCGAUUUAUUUGAUUCAUGGUAGAAGGUAUGUGUUAGUCGAAAAUAUUAACGCUACCAGGUGUGCUAUCGAUAACAAAUAUGACAGCGACUUGUUACCAAUUGUACAUUUAGGUUUUGUCGUCGCUGCAGCUGCAAUUUUUAUUAUAAUAACUAUUGUAUUACAAAUAAGAAUACGAGCAGCCCUGGUGAAGAAAGCAAGAUCAAAACAGAAAAUGAAACAAGUAGUUAUUACCAUCAGUUCCGAAUCUGGACAAGAACCGUCGGGUAGUGGAACACCUCAAAGAGGGAGUAAUCGCGCUAAAAAGUUAGCAGACGACCAGGAUUCUGAGAGGAACAGACGUAUUGCGAUUAGAUUCGCCAUUAUAUCCAUGUUUUUGAUAGUCAGCUUUAUUUCGCAGACAGUGUUCCAGUUCAUUACCGUCACAAAUAGAUACUUCUACCCAAGACGGAGAAUUUCCAAACUGGAGGAUGUGGUGGAGGAAUAUCUACCAGAUAUCGUAGCACUCAACGGAAUUCUGAAUCCGCUCGUCUACCUGUUCACUGAUAACGAAUUCAGACAAGAGCUAAAGAAAAUGUGUGGACGGGGAUAGUUUAACCAAAGAUCCUUGUUGUAAAGAACUAUUUGAAUAUAUCCUGUCGUUAUCUUUCUUCUGUGAAUAAUUCAAUCGCAAAAAUAUAAGAUUUAAAGUAUUCUUACAUUGUGCACGCAUAUGUUGAAAAUUUCAAGUGGGAUGCCACACACACGCAAGCGAGCAUGCCCAAUCUUAUUAUGCUAUGUGUACAUUUUUUGUAAAUAUGUAUCAAACCAUUGAAUGAAUAUGAUGUUUUAUGUAUUCUAUUACGGGUAUUGUGUACUUCGUGUAAGCGUUAUGUUGAUUAAUUGGAUCAAAAUUUAAACUUUUCUUUGAAAUCAGAAUCACAGUUACACGUAAAAACAUGAAAGGCUAAGUUAAUAUGUAUUGCUGUGUAAUUCUUGUACUUGAUUGACACCCGUGACCUAGACUAUUCUGGCGUUCGAUGUGUAUCACUUCAGUAGAGAGAUGACGUAGUACUGAUUACAUAACUAUCUUUCUUCUUGAAUAUUCCAGGGAAUACAUACACUGUGAAUAUUAUGCUCUGGUAGACAAGUAUUUUACGAACUGGUGGUUGUACCCAUUUCCCCCCGGAUAUAUCUGGGGACUAGUUCUUACAAGUUUAUUAUCAUUUCGAAUUUCCAAAAUUUCGGCUUGAGCAUCACUGAAGAGACAUUAUUUGUCGAAAUGUGCAUCUGGUGCAUCAAAAUUGGUACCGUAUAAGUUUUACAUUCAAACGGACUUUGUUAUCAAGAACGUUUUACAAGGGCAAUCGUAAUAUUCAUGUAAGUGUAUCCCCGUAUAUUUCUGUAAGUCAAGGUCCUCGAAAUAGUUGUGACUGAAGUCACAUGAUGAUGGAUUGCAUCGAGAGCUUAAACCCAUGCAUAUAGAGGAUUGAUAUCUACAUGUAUAUAGCGUUCUUUGAUAUUUCCUCUAUCCAACUCUUUUGAAAUGGUUUAUUUAUUCACGUGGCUUGUCAAACGAAUGAAUUACCAUUUCAACGAGUUGGAUAGUGUAAAUAUCCAAUCACAUGAUAUAGAUGGUCUACAUGUGUAUAUCUCAUUCCUCUUAUCAAUCACUUUCAU